CUCCGGCGUCACUAUGGCAGCACUCGUCAGAUUAGGAAUGAGAAUAAACACACCGAUAGCAGCAUGCAGUGCAUUACCCCAGAGCAGCUUUGUGCCCAUACAUUGCAGGGCAGCACGGUACAGCACAGGCCAGCAUCUGAGUCAUUCUAAGGGCGAUCUGAGAGAAGUAUUGAGUGGGCCUGUACACAGAACCCCUGCAGUAGCAUCACAGAUAUGGAGACCACUGCACGUCACUCACACGAACCAGACAACAAAAGACAAGCUUCAGCCAUCAGAGGAAGAAGUUUCAACUUUUACUAAAAUAAUUGAAGCGAUGGGUUUUACUGGACCUCUGAAGUACAACAAAUGGAAAAUCAAAAUUGCUGCCUUGCGCAUGUAUACUUGCUGCGUGGAAAGAAUAGAUUACGAUGAAUUUUUUGAAAAAUGCAGUCUACCUGAUACGCUAAACUCCUGGUUCCUCGUAACACAACUUCAUGUCUGGAUGUGCUUGGUCCGGAUGAAGCAGGAAGGCCGUGCUGGCAAGUACAUGUGUAGAUACGUAGUGCAUUCCAUGUGGGAAGAUGUUGAACAGCGUGGGAAAGUCAUGGGGAUUGAUUCCGUGACCCUGAAGAACAGUAUGAGAUCUAUGACUGAGAUUUUCUACGCUGCAAUAUUCGGCUAUGACGAGGGAAUUAUAUCUGAUGACCGAAUUCUGGCUGCUGCCCUGUGGAGGAACCUAUUCAACAAACAAUGUGAUGACCCCCGAAAGCUGGAACUAAUUGUGGAAUAUGUACGGAAACAGGUGCAGUUCCUGGAUACUCUCGAUGGAGAAGACCUUCUGUUGACUGGUGAAGUAGUCUGGCGCCCUCUGGUGGAAAAAGAUGCCCAAAGCAUCAUGAAACCUUCAACGCCGACUUAUAACGACGAAGGUCUUUAAACAAACCGAGGGGACUUCAUACAGUAACCCCGUAGGAUGCCAAGAGAGAAGCCAAAUGCGUGGGUCCUCCACCACGGUUUAUGUGUUUGUCAGAUGAUACGGCAUGUGAACGAGUUUUCUGAGUUAAUUAGUUUACAUAGAAACAAUCAGGGAGUCGCUGUACAUGCAGAUAGCGUUGACACAAUCGUUACCCCCUCAUUAGUUCCAUUGGGGGCUGAAUUAUACUGUGCAAUACAACCAGUCAUCCAUUCUUGGAUUAAAGAAGUUGGCCGAAUUCAUGUUCACAGCUAAAUUUCUGUUCCUUUUCUUUUAUCCAGAAUAUAACAAAAUGUGAAAGACUGUUUGGUAAAAAUGUGGGUUUUUUUAAUUGUCUAUUCUCUAGAGUUUCUUUAUGUAUGGCCCUCAUUUACUAGCACAGGUGGAAAUGUGCAGCUGGGCCCCAGUCAGUAAUGAGCUUUGAUCAGUCCAAGGCAGUUAGAAUAAUAAAAACAGGUGUCUGAUUGGUCGGUAACAUUUACACCAGUGCUAACAAUAUGGGGGCCUUUUUCCAUGUUUAUACUUCUCCCAAACUUGCCUAAACAAAGAUAUUUGUGUAAAAUGUCUCCUGCCUACAAUUAAUGUAAAUGUGACACACACAAUGAGGGGCUGGGGUAUAUUUAUUAAUAGCUGAAAAGUUCAAUACAGUUAGUCUUGUCUUAGUCUUCAUCCUUUGAUAAAUAUGCCCCCAUUUCUUAUUUUAUAUCUGUGUCCCAAGUGCCAAACGUCAUUAAACAUAUAAUAUUCUGAA